UCUCCCCGUCCAGUGCUGGGUUUCUUAGCGCCUUCCCCCGCCGGACCCCGGGCCUCGCGGCCGGUCAGUCAGAAGCGCCCUGGUCGAGCCCCGCGCGGGCCGGCUGUAACCGCGCCUCGGGCCGGCGAUGCCCAAGAAGCUGCUGCUGCUGCCCCCGCUCUCCGCGUCCGCGGCCUUCCGCCUCCCACGACCCCGCCCCGCCGCCCGCCUGGCCAUGAACGCCGCUCGCACGGGCUACCGAGUCUUCUCGGCCAACUCCACGGCCGCCUGCACGGAGCUGGCCAAGCGCAUCACCGAGCGUCUUGGUGCUGAAUUGGGAAAAUCUGCUGUGUACCAGGAGACCAAUGGAGAGACAAGAGUUGAAAUAAAAGAAUCUGUGCGUGGCCAGGAUAUUUUCAUUAUACAGACAAUACCCAGAGAUGUAAACACCGCGGUGAUGGAGUUACUGAUCAUGGCUUACGCGCUGAAGACGGCCUGUGCCAGGAAUAUUAUUGGGGUCAUCCCUUAUUUCCCCUACAGCAAGCAGAGCAAGAUGAGGAAGCGGGGGUCCAUCGUGUGCAAGCUUCUAGCGUCUAUGCUGGCGAAGGCAGGUUUAACUCACAUUAUCACUAUGGACCUUCAUCAAAAGGAAAUACAAGGCUUUUUCAGCUUUCCAGUGGACAACCUCCGAGCCUCCCCUUUCCUGCUUCAGUAUAUCCAGGAAGAAAUCCCAAAUUACAGAAAUGCAGUCAUUGUAGCUAAGUCUCCCGAUGCUGCAAAAAGGGCCCAGUCAUACGCUGAGAGACUGCGUCUGGGGUUGGCCGUCAUCCACGGAGAAGCCCAGUGCACAGAGCUCGACAUGGACGACGGACGGCACUCUCCGCCGAUGGUCAGGAAUGCCACGGUGCACCCAGGCCUGGAGCUGCCAUUGAUGAUGGCUAAAGAGAAGCCACCCAUAACUGUGGUUGGAGAUGUCGGCGGGCGCAUUGCAAUCAUCGUGGAUGACAUCAUCGAUGACGUGGAAAGCUUUGUUGCUGCUGCGGAGAUCCUGAAAGAAAGAGGAGCUUACAAGAUCUACGUCAUGGCCACGCAUGGCAUCCUGUCUGCAGAGGCCCCCCGCCUGAUAGAGGAGUCUUCUAUUGAUGAGGUGGUGGUGACCAACACCGUCCCUCACGAGGUGCAGAAGCUGCAGUGCCCCAAGAUAAAGACUGUGGACAUCAGCUUGAUCCUCUCUGAAGCAAUCCGGAGAAUCCACAACGGAGAGUCCAUGUCGUACCUUUUCCGAAACAUCACUGUGGAUGACUAGCUUUCGCAGUGGGCUUGACCCUGGUACUCCUGCAGGAAACAUGUUGAAAGCAGUGCCAUCAGUUAUGUACGCGGUGUUCCCCUUCACAGGAGGACUGGAAAUAGCCCGGAGUCAGUGUCUCUCACCAAGCUUGGUCGGAGGCAGGAAGAUACAGUCAAGGAGACAGAGCUAACGGAUAAGUGACAUGCCUUAAGUGUCUGCCAUCGUCAUCCCUGUUUCUUAAACCAAACUUACAGACUCUUUCCUGGAAAGAAUCUGGAAGUCUGGUUGCUUUUGACAGGGGGCUAAAGGCAGAUACAGUCAACCCUGUACCAUUCAUUCAGUGUUUGAACUCCAGGGCGAUGGAGAAGUUAAUGUUCACCUGUUUCGGGAAGCUGGGUGUCCCUGGCACUGUUUCUGUUCCAGUUGUCCUCGCUCCAGUUCAGUUAACUCCAUCUAAGUCUUUCAUAGAGAAUCAUAUUUUUCUUCCAGAAACUUGUGCCCUCAGCCAGUGAAUAAUGAAGUGCUGUUACUUGUAGCAAGGAUGCCGGAUUAGAGAGUAACAUCUUGUGUCUGGCUAUCUGCAUUGCUCUUACGUUGCAAAUAAAAGAACUUGUCUCGCUAGUCUCUGUACUGCAUGGCCGAGCUACCUGCCCGUGGUGGGAGCCACUGCCUGUCUAGACUGCAGGAGACUGUGGCUAUUCAGAAAGGGAGGCCAGCGGCCUGGCUGCUCAAGACCCUCGGCAGAAGUCUGCUUCUGCAGGUGCCGUCCCCUUCCUGAGCACUGAGGUGAAAUCCUAGUUGAGUCAGAUGUUUAAAAAAAAAAACCCAAAAAACUCAUUGUGCUUUUUCCUGUGUGGUGGAUGACAGGAUGCUUAGGUUGAACACACUACUUAUUUUUUAUAUUUUUUAAAUUUCAUUGUUUUUGUUGUUGUGAAUAUACACAGCAGGACUUACACCAACUCA